AUCCAUUGCCAAUAAAUUAAAAAAAAAAAUACUAGCAAGUUUCCCUUUCGUUGCGUCGAAUUCACCAUAAAAUUUGGAAUAAUUUUAUUCUUUCAUCAUUUGACGAGUAUUUAAUCAACUGGCAUAUUUAAACAAUGUCUGAAUCUAAAGAAAACAUUUUCAUUUUCGUCCCUAAUCUUAUUGGCUUCGCUAGAGUUAUCCUAUUGAUCAUAUCGCUAUAUUUUAUGCCUACACACUGCGUGGUGGCAUGUACGUGCUACAUUACCUCUGCCUUACUUGAUGCGUUUGAUGGCCAUGCUGCAAGAUAUUUUAACCAAAGUACUAAGUUUGGUGCUAUGUUGGACCAACUUACAGAUCGUGCGGGCACUUCCUGUCUCAUGAUGACCUUGGGUACUUUUUACCCACAGUACUUGCUAUGGUUCCAACUGUCUAUGGCCAUUGAUAUAACUGGACACUGGCUUUAUCUCCACACUACCACUCUUCAAGGAAAAGCCUCACAUAAGUUUAUAGAUAUGUCGGAGAACCCAAUUAUGCACCUCUACUACACUAAUAGGACUGUUCUUUUCUCCAUGUGCGCUGGCAAUGAGGCAUUCUAUGCAGCUCUAUAUGUGAUGUAUUUCUACACUGGACCCAUGGUGUUGGGGAUGGGCCUUUACAAGCUGAUAGCACUUGUGUGUCUUCCUGUGGCUGUAGUAAAGACAAUGAUCACUAUCUUGCAUAUGGGCGUCGCUUCUUUGAACUUAGCUACAAUUGAUGUUAAUGAACGCGCUGCUAUAGCUGCCAAACAAAAUUAAUAAUCUUCCUUGACUAAUACUUUGUAACUUACAUAAAAACUUAAAAAUUUAUUGUUUUUAAGGACUUAUUUUAUAAACUCUUGCAUUUAAGUAAAAAGUAUUAAAAGUUCAACAACCUCCUUAGCUGGGAGAUGACUGGGUGAUAUGAUUACCAGUCUGAAAACAAUUUAUCUACAUGCCUUGUAGUGGUUUCCUCAUUUUGUAGCAAUAGAGCUAUUAACCAUAAACAAACCUUGGGAUGAGACCAAUAAAUGUGAUAUUUCUUUUAUUUAAAAUUUUGUUUUUAAUGCAUAAUCAAUCUGUGCAGAGAUGAUGUAAAUAAACAACAUAAUGAUUUGUAAAUGUUGUUACAUUAUGCUUUUAAUGUUGUGGAGUUUUUUUCCCUCGUUUUUCUCCGCAGCUAAAAAAUAUGUCCAAUAACUAGUGGUAGGGAAAAAAAAUGUUUGGAUGAUUCAAAAGUGUUGUACUAUACAUCCCAUUUGAAUAAAGAUAUAUUGAUUUCUGAUUUGAUGUUACUAACAUCUCUGCACAGAUUGUGAUUUUAACUUUACCAUUCCUCAAUAUCAUUUUGUAUCAUUUAGUGUGGGAUAACCAUUCCAUAAGCAUUGUGGGGUCAGGUCAAUUACCUAACUGGGUCGGUAAAAUUUUCCACUAUCAUUAAUGUUGUUAUGAUGCUAUUCUGUCUACUAGAUGGUGGCUUCAAGCGCGGUAAAAAAGGUAAAAACGCAUAUGACCCUUGAUAAUCAUGCAGUUUUGCAGGCAAUAUUCUUACCUUCUGAAGGUGUUUGUUUGAUUCUUAAUGUUUUCGUUAAAUAAUACAUAUAAUAUGUACAAAAAAUGGAUUCUCUAAUUUGAUGUCUAUAUUUACUAGUUUAGUUAAUUCUUAUUUCUGUUAGAAAAAUUGUGAUUCAUAUUGAUGUUAUUUAUAUUUUUUAUUAUUUUGCUUAUUGCAUUACAGUUAUUUAAGUGUUGGUGUUUGCUUGUUAGGAUGUAUAUGUGAAUAAAUUAAAUGUUAAAUGUUGUGGUUAGUAUUCGGAUAGUUUUAUUGCAUAAUAUAAUUGUAAUCGAACAUUCAACCUUCAAUUGAUUGUUUGAUUUUGUAAUAAGUUUUUGUCAUAGCUUUGUAUUGAUUUUUGGGCAUUAGCAUAGCGUAAUAAAAUUUUACAUUGAGGAAACACGACGCCCGUUUAUAAUUCUAUAUAGACAGAGGGCGCCAUAGAUUUGUUGUAUUUAUUAAUCUAUGUUCAGCACCAAAACAAAGUUUGCUUACUGUAGAUUUUAUUACCCUAUGUUUAAGUUUUAUUUUUUAGUUAAACUAGAUUUUGAAUAUUGUUACUUCAUACAUUUAAAAUACAUAAUUCGAAUAUUAUGGUAGGUAAGCGAAACCAAAGCUUUUCAAGGUAUCAUAACGGAAAUAAUUCCAUAAAUUACUUACUUGCAUCUUUGUAAUAAAAACAGACCCAUUCGGAAUAGUUAUUGUGUUUAAAAAUUAUGAAGUAAGCACAAGUAAGUAUGUAAAUUUUUUUGGGAAUUUGGUACUACUAUGUUAUGACAUAGAGCAACACAGACGACGCGGCUAGGGGGAGUAGCCUUUGAAAUAAUUCUGCCGUUUCUGCGGGGGGAGGAAUAUGCACACAAAUGCAGUCCAACAUACUUUCGCAAAAACGAAAUUGUAAUUACGACACUCGCACAUAAAAAAUGACAACGCUAAAUCGGGCAUAGAUGUACUGAGAUUUUUUAUUGACACAUCUACUGGAUGGCGAGUCGAUUGUAUGUUUUGUCAAACAGGUCCGACGAUUGAAUUUUAACAAAAUAAUAUACAUUUUGUGUUUAAAUAUAAAUAAUAUGUUAAUAAUUCUACUUAUAUGUGAAAUUUAACACCAUCCUUUUGUAAGUUUAAUAUUCCAGAUAUGUUUUACAGCAAAUUACAUAACAUUUUGGCAUUUUUGAUCUGUAACAUACACUCGAGUGACCUGACUCAGUCUAGUGAAAUAUCCGAGUCCUUUGUUUUGUUCGUGAGCUGGCCCAACGGUGGAGGAAAAUCGACAGAGGGGAACGCUGUAAAUGCCGACUCCCCUCCUGGCCGCGUUGCUCUAUGUGUUAUGAUGUCAUGGAUGGAUAACGUAUUUAGACUUGGCCAACUUGUAUGUUGAUGACUCACUAUUAUUUUAAGUAUUGAUUAAGUUAAGUAUUAAUGUCAAUGUAGUACUACUACUAACUUCAUCACAAUGUCUCAUGGUGAAUACUCGGAGGAAUGGACACCAGAGCGAGGGUACGUUCCGUUGAAUUUAUAUAAAAAAAAGUACUCAAUGGCUGACUCACAGGUAUAUUUUAGGUACCUACCCUUAGACCAAGUAGGGAAAUCCUGGUUGCACUGUACUGUACCUUUAUUAUACAACAGAUAGGAGGGUAGUGAUCGGUUUUGCUAUACGUAGUGCAGUUACUAUACAUCCGCUUCUCCAAAACUGUUUUAGUUUUUUUUUUUUAAGUAGGUGGUGUUCAUCUUUAGAAAGUCGCAUUACAUUUUUAAUUGUAAUUGAAAAAUUUUGGUCAUCGACAAGCAUCGGUGGUUCAAUGAUAGAAAGCUCGCCUGCUACGCGGGCGGUUCGAUUCCCAGCCGAGGAAGGACUUUUUGAUGUGUAACAUCUUUCCUCUCGCUUUCCUGC